AUGGGUACCAGGACCGCGAUCUGGGGUCGAUCACCAGCGGAUCCCGUCGAGCGGCGUCUUCUCCUCAAACUAGAUUGGUUUAUCCUUUCCUAUGUGUGUCUUAUAUACUGGAUUAACUACCUUGACCGGCUGAACUUGGCCAAUGCCUACGUGCUGGGAAUGCAAGAAGACUUGAAGAUGCAUGGGAAUGAAUUGAAUAUUGUCAAUACCUGUUUUUCCAUCGGCUACAUUGUUGCAAUUGUUCCCCAUAAUUUGAUCUUGCUCAAAGUUCGACCACGUUAUUGGCUCACCUUCUGCCUGAUGGCUUGGGGGAUCCUCACAUUGUCCACUUACAAAGUGACCCUGUGGAAACAGCUUUGCGUGAUUCGAUUCUUCUUGGCCGUAUUCGAAGGGGUUACAUUUGCCGGUACUCAUUUGAUUUUGGGAUCUUUUUACAGUGAGGAGUUAUUGCCAUUCAGAACAGCGGUCUUCACUAGUUCGGGUCUCGUGGGGCUGAUUUUCUCGUCAGUCAUGGCAGCCGCUAUCCACACAACUAUGGAUGGGUACAAUGGCCUUGCGGGAUGGCGCUGGCUUUUCAUUAUUGACUUCAUCGUCACGGUGGUAGUCGUGAUCUACGGGUUUGUGUUUUUCCCUGACGCCCCUAGUCGAGACACAAAAAAACCGUUUUACUUGACCCAAGCUGAGUAUGAGGUGGCAAUUGAUAAGCGUCGGAUGCCCAAAAUCAAUAACUGGAAUCGUUCUCUUAUCACCCGAGUCUUUUAUUCGUGGAAAUGGUGGGCGUUCUGCUUGCUUUGGAUUCUUGGUGGUGAAAAUGAAUCCUACGCUACCAACUCGCUUUUUGCUUUAUGGUUGAAGUAUUAUGACUACACCAUCAACGACAGAAACCAUCUUCCCAUGGGGGUUUACGCUGUUGGUGUAGUAGCCACUCUUGGCCUGGCCAUAUAUAUCAACGUGGCGAGUCAACGUCGUCCAGGAGCAUAUCACUGGCAAGUGGGGUUACUUAUUGGAGUUUUUCUUAUCAUCUCCUCCAUUUUACUUCUAGCCAGACCACACAGCUCCCAGUUCGUGUUCCCUGCUCAUUACCUCCUGGGGGUGAGUUACGCUGGACAGACUGUCUUCUUUGGAUGGGCAAAUGUCGUUACUCAGAAUGAUAUCCAGCUCAGGGCAAUUGUGCUUGCGUCAAUGAAUAUGUUCAGCAGUGCUGUCAAUGCCUGGUGGUCCAUUAUUUUCUAUGGUGCAACGUUGGUGCCAGAAUUUCGGAGGGGUUGUUGGGCAAUGCUUGCCACUGCCAUUUCUAGCAUGAUUGUUGUCAUGUUAAUUAAACGAUUGUAUGAAAAAGACCUGGCUAAACUUGCAGGAAAUCCGUCGUUGGGCAAAUUAUAG